GAAGGGAGCGAGGCGCAGCAGUCCAAAAAUGGAAACCGAAUACCUGAAGAGAUGCUUUGGAAAUAGCCUGACUCAGGCACUGGAAGAGGUGGCGAAAGUUCGGCCAAGUGACCCCAUAGAGUACCUGGCUUACUGGCUUUACCAUUACAGGAAAACCUCUAAAGCAAAAGAAGAGAAAAGGAAAGAGGAGAUUCAGCUAAAAGAGGAGUAUGAUAAUAGCCUCAAGGAAAACAAAACAACAGAAAUGCUGAAGCAAGAAGAGUAUUUGCUUCAACAGAGAGAUGAACAGCGUCACAAGGUAGGGGAGGAGCUCAGUACCGAGAAGACCCAAUCCAUGCAAGAGAAUACAAAACUCCUCGAGAAAGAGGCCUUGGAGAAGGAAUCCCUACCAAGUUCUUCCAUUAUGACUCCAGAAGAGCCUCAAGAGAUUUUUCAGUCAUUCAAACAGACUAACUACAAUCUCAAAACUCCAGAAGAAAUAAAUUAG